AUGAGAACGUUCUGGGCCGCGUGGCUGGCGGUGGAGAGCGCCCUGCUGGUGGGCGCGCGCCCCGACCGAGCCCUGAGUCGCGUGGUCAACACCAAGUACGGCAGAGUCCAGGGUUUCAUCCAGCAGCACGCCAGCCACUCGCUGCCGCCCGUCGAGGUCUUCCUGGGCAUCCCGUACGCGUCGCCGCCCAGUGGGGAAGGCCGCUUCACGCCCACCAGCAGCCCGCUGCCGUGGGAGGACGUGCGUAAAUGCCUGGAGACGCCGCCCGUGUGCCCCCAGCCUCCCCUGGACCUCGACCCGAGCCUCGUGCCGCCCCUAAGGGCCGCCCACCUGGCAGCCAUCAAGCCACUCCUCGAAAACCAGAGUGAAGACUGCCUGUACCUCAACAUAUACAGUCCCCAUGACGGAGGCGGGAAAUACCCAGUGAUGGUGUACAUCCACGGGGAAGCAUUUACCUGGGGCUCCGGCAACCUGUACGACGGCAGUGUACUUGCGUCGUAUGGACAAGUCACCGUCGUCACCAUGAACUACCGUCUUGGACCUUUGGGUUUCCUCAACACGAGUCCCAGCGGCAGCGGGCGGCGGGGCGUGGCGGGCAACCAGGGGCUCCUGGACCAGCUGGCCGCCAUCUCGUGGGUGAGCGAGAACAUCGUGCACUUCGGAGGUGACCCCGAGCGCGUGACCCUAUUCGGACACUCGGCGGGGGCGGCGUGCAUCAACUACCUGGUCGUGUCUCCGGUGGUCGUGCCAGGUCUGUUCCACCGGGUGCUCCUGAUGUCCGGCUCUGCGCUGAGCCCCUGGGCGGAGGUGCAGGACGCCCUCUCUGUCACGGCGCGCCUGGCCAAGCUCCUCAACUGCUCCCUGCCGACCAACCUGAGCGACCGCCACCCCGAGACUAUCGCCUGCCUCAGGAACGUGUCGGCGCAGGAGCUGGUCAUGGCGGAGGUGCCGCGGUACAAGUUCAACUCGGCGUUCGGGCCCAGCGUGGACGGCGUGGUGGUGCCCGAGGACUUCAAGACCAGACUCAACAGGGUGCUGAAAGGUCGACAACUCAGUGUAAUGUUCGGGGUCACGGAAGCGGACGGCUACAAUGACCUCUCGAGGAAGCAGGCGGAGGAAGGCCUGGAUGUGCAGGAGAGGAACCGGAUGCUGAGGACCUACGUCAGGAACAAUUACCAUCACCACCUGCAGGAGAUUUACCUGGCCAUCACCAAGGAAUACACAGACUGGAGUAAUCCGGCGCAGCAUCCGGUCCAGUUUACAUUCCCGUUCAAAAAUCCCCAUUCUUCAUGUGUGCCUCGACAAUCGCCAAUGUUAAUUAUUCAUCACCGAACACAUCCCAGUAGCUCACCCUCAAUGAACACUCAAUAUUCCUCCCCUUCCACGCCAUUCCACAAUGCUCGAAACAUUAAACAUUCAGCAUCCGCCAGUCUCUCCGCCAUUCCACUGAGACAAGACUUACUGUUCAUCACCCAGCCUCACACUCCACCGAAGCUCACCCCUAUUCAUCAUCCAGUAUUCGUCACUCUUCGUCCCAUUCCACAGAGAAUGGGCAGUGUGUUCGGCUCGGAGGUUCCACUCGUGUUUGGUUCGCCUUUCAUGGAUGAACCUGGUCCUUGGAGAGGGAAUUAUACGAGGCAGGACGCCCUUGUGUCGGAAAUCAUCAUGAGGUAUUGGACUAACUUCGCCAAGACCGGGGACCCCAACUUGCCCGAAGACGUUAAACUUUACUUAAGCCUCAAGGACCGCGGGAGGCAGAGAAACAUGACUUGGGAAACCUACGACUCCGUGUAUGAAAAAUACCUCGAGAUAAGUAAGGAAAUUUCGUCUCCCGGCCGAGGGCUUCAAGCGACUUUCCUCUCGCCCGCAGGCUUCCGACCUCGUCAGAAGGACCACUACCGAGCGCACAAGGUCGCCCUCUGGAACUGGCUCAUCCCUGAACUGGAGGAGGCUGGUGCGCAGUACCCUGAGACGGACUCCGAAGCCUGGCACGCCUCCGAGGACCCCAAGCACUUCAUAGGUCCCGUCAGGCCGCUCGACCCCUUCAGGUUCCUGCACACGACGAAGACGCCGGCGACGACGGCGGCGACGGCGCUGCCGACGCCCAGCGACGAGUACCUCCCUCCGAACGUGAGCGCCGCGCAGGGCAGCCCCGUCAACGGUUCCUCCGAGGUCGUUCCCGCCGGCCAGUUCCUCGACUACACCACGGCCCUGACGCUGACGGUGGCCAUCGGGCUGUCACUGCUGGUGCUCAACGCCAUCCUGUUCGCCGCCCUCAUCUACCGCCGCGACCGCAACAACCUCGGGCCCAAAAUGAAGUACGACAGCGCGUCCGCCCAGCCGCUGUGCACGGUGGACAGCGGCGUGCGCUCCGUGUCCACGCACGAGGCGCUGGCGUCGCCCUCCAAGGACGGCAAGUCGGCCUGCAGCGUCGACCUGCAGUGCACCGAGCUGCACACGUUCCCGACGCCGCCCGACAUCGGCGACAGGAACACGGAGGUAACGUUCCACACGAGCAACUCCAUGCACUCGCUGCUCUCGCAGCCCACGAGCCAGUUUAUUCCGCCGCCGCCCCUGCUUGCCACCACGCCCCCCACGCCGCCCGUGUCCACCCACGCCGACGUGUUGGAGACGGGCGCGUGCGCGGGCGCCCGCUGCUACAGCGACGUGUCCAACGGCCAGUACCCCGACAUGGUCAACGGCCAGUACCCGGCCGAUGUGACGCAGUACCCCGGCGAGAGGACGUACCCAGACCAGUAUAGGGUACAGAGCCAGUGCGCAGGCGACCCCCCCUUGCCCGGAUACCCCCCCACGUCGACCUCCUCGUGCCCCUACCCCCCCAACCACCCGCAGUACUGCGGCCAGUACCCCGCCAGCGUGAGCCAGUACUCGUCCUCGACCGACCAGUAUUCCAUCUCCGGAAGCCAGUUCUCCAGUCCGGGUGCGUCCUGCCCGGCGUCCUCGUGCCAGUUCUCGGCGCCCGGAGGCCCGUGUCCCCCUCCACAGCCGGCGUCCUACACGGAGGAGCCUCAAGAGGUGAUUCUUCCGAGGACCAAUCGCAGCGCCACGCUCCAGAGAGCUUCCUCCUCCUCCUCCUCCACCUCCUCUAGGAAACCCCAGCCCCCCCCUCGCAACUCGACGCUCCCCUCCUACGCCACGCUCCCGAGACAGAGCUCCAAAGACUCGCUCUCUCAUAUCAACGCCUGA